UGAAAUCGAAAAUGUAAACCACGAAUCUGGGUUUUGGUUGGCUUGCCUUGAACAUGAAGAAUGCUCUUUACAGCCCCACAUAGAUGGUAGAAGCCUUUGGAACCAGCAGCCUUAGCAAGAAAAGAACCAAAACCCUCAAUGUAAUUGCAUUUAUAAACCUUCGUCUCCUUCAAGAAACACAUGUAGAAAUUGUACUUGCUCUAAUCAUUCCUCAAAGUCCCCUAAUUCUUUCAUCUUCUUUCAAAACAACUUUUCAGAAAUGGCCAACACUCAAUUGAAACCAGUUGCAUCAUUGCUUUUGGUUCUUAACUUCUGCAUGUAUGUUAUAGUUUUAGGCAUCGGUGGUUGGGCUAUGAAUCGCGCCAUCGAACAUGGCUUUGUCAUUGGCCCAGGACUUGAUCUUCCUGCACAUUUCUCGCCUAUCUACUUUCCGAUGGGCAACGCUGCUACGGGAUUUUUUGUGACAUAUGCUUUGAUAGCUGGAGUUGUUGGUGCUGCAUCAGUAAUUGCUGGUGUUAACCAUAUUCGUAACUGGAACGCCGAUAGCUUGCCAUCUGCAGUCACAGCUGCUACCAUUGCCUGGUCUCUUACACUCCUCGCCAUGGGCUUUGCUUGCAAAGAGAUUGAUCUCCGCAUCAGAAAUGCCAAGUUGAGAACACUGGAGGCAUUUUUAAUCAUCCUCACGGUUACACAACUCCUGUACAUAGCAGCCAUUCAUACUGUUGCACCAAUGAGGAGAUCAUAAUAAAUUCAAGUCCUUUGAUGGAAAUAUCUUGUGCCUUCAAUCUUUAUUUUGCUAAAAUUUGUUUUCCCCUGUGUACUGCCAAGGUAUUGGCUGAUUGUGGGUGUGGUUAGUAUGUAAUAUGACAGAAACUGUAUGAACUAAUAAAGGAAAAAUGAUUUCAUUGGCCGUGUUUAUAUUGUUUCUUCAAAAUGACAUGUUUGCUCAAACCUCAAUAAAGCAACUUAU